AUGUUCCAGUUCUUCCUCCUUUUCCUAGCUGUCCUUUCAAAACCACUGGACGCAGACACCCUUGUUAGACUUCGCCGGUUGUCUCUUGGAUGCCAAAAGAACGCUGAUGUUUAUUACACCCGAAGCCAAUGGUCUGAUGUCGACAAUUUAACAAAGAGAGCUCUCUUCAAGAUGAAUCUUGACACAAACAAAGAAGUUGUAGUGAGAGAUUAUGCCGAGGACUCGUACUCAAACUUUGUGUGCUUAGACAGCGGAGUGUAUUUCCUUCACAAUGGUUAUAUUGCCAAAUUGGAAGACGAUAACAGCAUCACCGACUUAACGACUGACACUCCUAUUUCAGUUGACACGUUUAAAAUGAUUGAAGUCGAUGGUAAAUUAAGAGGACUUGCUUCGAUGACUGUUUUCCCAUCAAUGACACUUGAAGAGUCUGCUGCCAAAUUUGAAGAGUUAGAGAAACAAAACUACCGAGUGUACGACAAAUUGAUGAUCAGACGGUGGGACACUUAUUGGGAUGGGCAGUUCCAACAUUUGUUCACUUUCACACAAGGCGAAGAUAACAAAUUCACGUUCACUGACAUCAUGAACACAGUCGAGUUUGACUGUCCGGCUCGACCAUUUGGCGGAAAUGAGGAAUACGACAUUUCAAAGGAUGGACAAAAGAUCACCUUCUCUAUUCUACUCGAAAAUCCAGCUUCAUCUCUGAACAACCAAAUUUACUUGGCACAGUUCGACGCACCGACUGAGUGGACUGUUAUCACGCAAAACAUCGGAUUUGAUAACCAACCAAUAUUCUCUGAUGAUGGAAUGACGGUGUAUUAUCUUGCUAUGACUGCUCCAAAGGACGAGAGCGAUAGAGCUGUUAUUUACUCUUACGAUCCCGACCAUGGAAAUGUUGCGUUGACUGACGCGAUUGAUUUAUCAUUCACUGCUCCAAUGCAGUUGGUUGGCACUACCAUGUACAUCUCAACUUCAAUUAAGGGGAAUGUCAACUUAGUCAAAAUCGACUUGAGCAAAGCCAGUUUGACCAUCGAUGACGUCAUUGUGUUGACACAAGACGGAACCGCCGGCGGAUUUGUGUUGUCGGGAAACACGAUGAUCUACGAAUAUAACAGUUUCACACUUCCACAAGAACUUUUUAAGAUUGAUGUGACUGCCUUUGACUCGAAAUUACAAAUCACACACUCGAAUGAUGACUUGUUGGGUGAUAUCAAAUUUGGGCAAUACACUACUGUAAAAUACACUGGGGCUAAUAACGACGACAUCUACGCGUUCUUAACGUACCCACCAGACUUCGAUGCGACAAAGAAGUACCCUGUCAUCCUCUAUACCCAUGGUGGACCGGAGUCACCAUGGACCAACGACUUCCACUAUAGAUGGAAUCCACAAGUCAUUGCAGGGUUUGGAUAUAUCGUCUUUGCACCAAAUUUCCAUGGGUCGGGAAGUUAUGGCGACGCGUUCUUGAAGGCUAUUCGAACUCAAUGGGGUGGUAUGCCGUAUGAAGAUUUAAUGAAAGGUAUGGACGCUUUACCAACCCUUGAACCAAGUGCAGAUAUUGAUAAUGCAUGUGCUAUGGGUGCUUCGUAUGGUGGAUAUAUGAUGAAUUGGAUAAACAGCCAGAACGACCGAUUCAAAUGCAUCAUUUGCCAUGACGGUAUUAUGGACAGUGAAGGAAGUUAUUAUUACAUGGACGAAAUGUACUUUUUGGAAGUCGAAUUUGGCGCACCGUACUAUGAAAAUAAACAAUACUACACUCAGUGGAAUCCACUGAACUUUGUUGCUAAUUAUAAGACACCACAAUUGACUAUUCAUGGAGGGUCGGAUUAUAGAAUCGACGUUGUUGCUGGAUACCAACAAUUUACUACUUUACAGAGAAAGAAUAUCCCUUCGAAGUUGGUUGUCUACCCAGAGGAAAAUCAUUGGGUACUCAGACCAUACAACUCAAUCGACUGGCACGCCCAAGUCCAAGACUGGCUCAAGCUUUACCUCCAAGCAUAA